CAGGAGAUAAGCUGCUAGCGUUGUUGGGAGUAAUUUGAAUGAAGAAUGCAAUUGAGCAAUAGCGGUGGCGGGAGCACUAAUGUCGAAGAAGGACGGCUUUCGGAUCGUCGACACGCAGAAUGCCGCAAUCACAGCCGCAGGAGUACAAAUUAUUGGGGAUAAAGGAUUUGGGGAGAUCCACCGGGCUGUUGGGAGAAAGAAAUUGGCAGAUAUUAGCAAUCUUCCCCAAAAGCAGAGAUUAGUAACUCAAGAGAACAAGUUAGAAUUUGUUGAUAGUACUACGAAGGAGUAUAUUGAUCAGCUUAAGAAGGAAAACAUGGAAAUGGUGAAGAUUUUGGCGCAGAGAAACAAAAUCAUUGAACUGGGCGGAGCCGAGUUAGAUAGGUUGAGAGUAAAUAUAGUCAAAAUGCAGGAUCAGAAUCAACAGUUGGCUCUCACAAACUCACAAUUGGUUUCGGAGUUAAACACUGGUAAAGAACAGUUGAAAGUUUUGCAACAUGAGCUCCAAUGCAUAAAUGGUUCGUUUAAAGCAAGAACUUUGCAACUUGAGGAAAAAGAAAAGGAUAAACAAUGCAAAAAUACUGAUGCCGAGAUGUUAAUCAAGUUUCGGGAGGAAGACAAGUCUUCAAACAAAAACAGACAUGAUGCAAAGCAUUGUAGAGGCAAGCUAAGUUCGCAACCGAGCACUUUGGUUUCAGGCACUUCAAUCAAACUUCAAUCUGAACACAGGAUUGGAAGCAAAAGCAGGUGUUCUACAAGGAGACAAUCUAUUAAGUUUAAUGAUGCAGAACUCGGACCUCCUGAGAAGUCAUCUGAGACAGACCACUUCAAACCAUUGCCUGGAAAUUUUCCUUCAGUAAAAAAAUUUUCUUCAGAAAAUGCAUCGAUGAAAAAUGAUGGCAACAAUGGGGCUUCUGAUGAAAUGUGCGACUCCCAAACGUCAGGAAGAUCAUCUAGCUGCAGGCCAACACGCCAAGCAUCUGUAAAGGUUCGGUCUUACAAGGAGAUUUCGCUAAAAGUCAAAAUGCGCAGACCCGAGUGAGGCAUUGCUCAUCCUUUCCACACAAGAGUUUGUUUGAGGUAUGUUUUUUGUAUGCUCAAUUUUCAUAUAUUCAUUUCUUCUGUUCUUUAUCUUGUUUCUAUAUGUUACAAUGUUGUCUGAUUCGAUGCUGGUAGCCUUUUAUUGGUAGUAAAGUACAUAAGAAGUGUUGACAAUAAGAAAAACUACUUAUCAAUAGGGAUCAAUUUGGGGUGAAAUCUGAAAUAGAUCAAAUCUAUGCCAA